AUGUCACAUUCUGGGGUCUUUGUUCUUUCACUCCUGUUUUUGGCAGUUUCAUGCUUCCUUCUGGCUGAGAAGGAGGCGGGAUACCUUUUUCCUACUUUCGAUCAAGCAGAGAAGAGGCUAGAGGAGACACAGCUGAAAUUAGCUCGUCUUCGGGGACGAGAGAACAUAGCAACAUCCACAAGCUCCCGUGGGAAUGGGACGAAUCCAGUGACAGCCAAAAGAAGAUCCCCAAGUCCCAUUCAGAUAAAUGAGGGCUCUUCUCAUAGCUUGUCUGAAACUAAACCACGCCAGGACAGCAAUACACCGUUUAGGAAGUCUCCAGCGCCAGAUCGGAAAAUGGCAAGUCCUUUCCAGAAAAAUGAAUAUACUUCCCGCAGUGUGGCCCAGGCUGGUGGAUCAGGGUUUGCUCAUGGUACUAGUAUGGCAAGGUUAAAAGAAGAUAAGAGUCAGAGAACCCCUGAGAAGGAAGCUUCUGAAAUUCAGUCUAAAGGAACAAAAAGGAAGUUUGAGCAGAAAGAGCAUAAAGAGCUGAUACCAUUGAUAGGUAGCUGCUCUUCAGCAAGCAUGAUACGCUGCCAGACAUCCUGUGUCAUAUCUAGUCAACACAAGAGAAAGCUGAGAACAAUUAUCUUAAAUCCUAAGAAUGAUGAACUUUUUGCAAGCAGUGCGUUGGAUGGGAUUAUCAACCUAUGGCAGAUACAUGGCAGAGGGUCAACUGCUAAUCGUCUUAGUUCCACUGAUUGCCUCUCAUCCAAGCAUAGGAGAUGGCCAGAAGAUGUAGCCUGGCAUCCAGAAGGCAAUAGUCUUUUUUCGGUUUAUAGUGCUGAUGGUGGGGAUUCUCAAAUUUCAAUCCUGAAUCUUAAAGGAAAAGAGAAAACGCGUGUAAGUUUCCUGGAGGAGAAGCCUCAUGUUAAAGGGAUAAUCAACAACAUAAUGUUCAUGCCGUGGGAAGAUGUAUAUUUUGUUACUGGUGGUAGUGAUCAUGCAGCUGUCCUGUGGAGCAAUGUAGAUGGAGAAAAUUUGUGGAAGCCUAAAGCAUUGCAUAGAAGUUUGCAUUCUUCUGCUGUGAUGGGUGUUGCCGGUUUGCAGCAUAAGAAAGUAGUGAUGUCUGUUGGAGCGGACAAGCGGAUCAUUGGAUUUGAUUUGCUAGCUCAAAGAGCAGAAUACAAGCAUCAAAUUGAAAAUAAAUGCAUGAGUGUCCUACCUAAUCCGUGUGAUUUCAAUCUCUUUAUGGUUCAGACAGGGACUAUAGAGAGGCAGCUUCGCUUAUUUGAUUUUAGAUUGAGGCAGACAGAGGUUCAAGCCUUUGGGUGGAAGCAAGAAAGUAGUGACUCGCAGUCAGCUCUUAUAAACCAGGCUUGGUCGCCUGAUGGCUCGUACAUAACAUCAGGGUCGGUUGAUCCAGUCAUCCACAUUUUUGACAUAAGGUACAAUUCACACAAACCUUCUCAGUCCAUUAAAGCUCAUCAAAAGCGAGUCUUCAAAGCUGUUUGGCAUCAUGCAAUCCCACUCCUCAUUUCUAUAUCUUCUGAUUUGAACAUUGGAUUGCACAAAAUCAUUUGAAGUGCUGAGAGAAGCUGUACUGUUCCCAAUCAUUUCUCCCCUCAUUGUUCCCAUAUGUUUGGGAAAUUUUGUCGCUGAGAAGCUAACGUCUCAAUGCCUUGGACCAAAAGAAACUCAUAGGCAUGAUGUAUGAUAUGGAAAGAUGGUUAAGAGAGGAGAUUGGGAGGGAAAUGAUGAGGAGUAUCAGCGUUUGCCCUUGGCCUAAUUCUGCGAUCAGGCAGCUGAAACAGUUUUUGACUUUGAUUGGAUCUAGAAGCGCUACUGAUGCUUGCACAAUUUCACUCGUUCCAACCUCUCGCGUAGCACAUAGGCUUGUCUUUAAUAGACUCCCAAAGUUUUGAACUUCAUAAAGUGUCUUUAGUGCUACAUUUCCCUUGUCAAAGUCGAUGUUCAGUGUGAUGUUUUAGCAAAAGGAAUAGAGUGAAUACAGUGGCUUUCAUGUAGCUACCACUCUAUCCUUGGUCUAGACAUCACUUUGUACUAAUAUAUCUUAAGACUCCUAUUUUAAGGAUGCAUUUUCGCAUG